AUGAUUGUGAAAAAGUACGUCAUACGUUCGCGAGAAACGGCGAUCGACUACCAAUGCGUGCUGAUGACGCUGGACUCAUUUCGGUUGGGCGGAGCCCUCACUGGAUGUGCUCAUGUGGUAAUGAUAUCGAUUAAUCAUCACUUGCUGAUAUCGCGGCCUUUGCUGUAUUACCAAAUAUUCAGCAGAUCAAAGGUGUGCAUCGCCCUAGCGUUGUUGUGGAUACUUCCAACCGCUGCAUCGAUGACCUAUCUGUCGGCAUUCCCUAGGCUCGGCUUUCGUUCGCCGGAUGGCCUGUGUUCUGGAGCGGCAAUUCAUCACAAUUUCACUUACAGGAUAAGUGUAUCGUCAUUCAUUUUGGCCUCAAUAGCGGUCACAUUUCUUAUCUAUAUAUCCAUGCUAAGAAGCCUGAAGAAUCGACGGCUUCGAUUUGCCAAACAGUCCAGCAAGGCGUUGUCACUCCGGCUAAAGAAAAGAAGACAAAUGCUGUUGACAGUUUUGUAUGUGUGGCUUGCGUUUUUGAUUGGCUGGAUGCCAGCGUGCAUCUUCACGGCUUUGUUCUGUUUUUCAUGCCCGUUCCACUACAUCAUCGGCGACGGGGACGUUUUGUACUUUAGAUUCAGCGUGGUUGCCGGUUGUUGCAUUUUGCUCAAAGGCUUAGUCAAUCCAUUCAUUUACGCGCUUCGUAUUCCCGAAAUUGCGGCUGAUUUUAAAAGGCUGUUCAGACUCAAAACAGCAGACAGCCAGAACAGGCUUUCAGGAUCAAGAUCCUCGAUACUACUUAUGUUUUCGAAAGCCGGUUUGGACAAGUCUAAGGUCGACCUGAUUACAGAUACACUCACCAAAGCCUAUUUUAGCUAUGAUUCGUCAUCAUAA